GAUUCCCUUGAGGCGGGGGGAGGAUUGGCCGGCGGCGUACCGGCAUUGCCCCAUGGAUGGCGAUUCCUCACGCUGUUGCGUCGUGGCAUGGUGGCAUGCCGGGUGGGGGGAGCCAGCUUUUCAGCUCUAUACCGGUUUGUUGUUUGGAUUGCCCUUGGCGGUGACCACUUUCAAUCGCUACAGCCGGGCAGCGGAAGCCUUCGGCAGGCGGCUCCUGGCCAUCUUGGUUUCCAUGUAUUUCGACGACGCCCACUUUACUGACGGGGCUGUUCGGCCCAGGCCUCUUUUGCGUACCUUCCUUGGCCUCGACUUUGACUUUGGUGCCUGCCUGCGAAGUGGCCUUGCGCGUUUCUUUGUCCGUGAUCGACUUGUUGAGAAGGUCCGCGACCUCAUCGAACAAGCAGUGCAAACGCAGUCCUUGCCUCCAGGACUUGCUGCAAAAAAUUAUGGCACAUGCAACUUCUUGGAGCAAGGCAUGUAUGGUCGUGUUGGGGCCAGCGGGUUGCGCGCGAUCCGGGAGCGAGCUGAUGAGGGCGGUAGGGAGUUGACCCCACCGAUUCUGUCCUGUUUUGCUCUCAUACGGGCAGUGCUUGCCGCUCGCCCGGAAAGACAGUUCGACAUCCUUCCCCGGGUGUGGCCCCGGUUUCUUGCUGCGAGUGACGCAGCUGAAGAUGAUCCCGGCCAAGGCUCGGGCGGCUUCCACCUGGUUUGGCUUGUCCGGGAGAGCUUUGUUGCCGCUAUUGGUCCAGAAGUGUAUGCGUGCUCCACUCCCGGUGACCAGAAAAUCGCCCAGCUAGAGCUCGCAAUGGUCUUGUACGCCCUCGCAGUUCGAGCCCCGUCCUUUCGUGGCAGGCGUGGCUUCUGGUACAUUGACUUUGCCUUACGCACAUCUUUCUUCUUCGAGUAUAUUCCGUCCAAAAACGAAUUGGGCUGA